GCCUUUUCACGGCGAUACUGCGCAACCCAUCAYCAUCAUGGGGAGUUACUGACAAGCAGAAAUUUAACGUCAGUGUUUGAGAAAUUUGGUGAAGUAUUUUGUUCUCCGCAGUACAUUCAGCUCUUGUGGAAGUAUCUAAYAAUUGUAGUCAUGCGGCGGAGUAAGGCGGAAGUGGACCGCUACGUUUCAUCUGUACAGAAUUCUUCUCCUUCACUCAAAGAGAAGCCAGUCAAAGGGUUUCUAUUUGCCAAGUUGUACUUCGAAGCAAAAGAAUAUGAACUUGCAAAAAGGCAUGUAUCAGAGUAUCUCAAAGUGCAGGAAAGGGAUCCCAAAGCACACAAAUUCCUUGGGCAGCUCUAUGAGAGAGAAGGAGACAUCAACAAAGCUGCUGGAUGUUACAAGCGCUCGGUGGACUUGAACCCGGUGCAGAAGGACCUGGUGCUGAAGGUAGCCGAGUUACUUGUUGAUAAGAAAGAAUGUGACAGCAGAGCAGAGUUUUGGGUGGAGAAAGCUUCGAAGCUCAUGCCUGGACAUCCAGCAGUCUUCAACCUGAAGGAGCGUCUUUUGAGUCGUCAGGGCCAGCAGGGCUGGAACCAGUUGUUUGACCUCCUUCAGGCUGAGCUGACGGCACGGCCAGCUGAUGCGCAUGUGAACGUGAAGUUGGUUCAGCUGUUCUGUCAGGACGGUCGGCUCGAUGAGGCUGUUAAACAUUGCCUGGCUGCUGAGAAAAGAGGCCUGCUGCGCAACAGUCAGGACUGGUACACYGUGGUGUUGCACACGCUGCAGGAAUAUCUGGCUCAACCCAACGUUUCUGCUAAUGAGAAAAUGUGUCGACGUCUCCAGAGAGAAGUGUUGUUGACACACUGCAGCCUACUGAGAAUCACUCUGUCUGACAGCGGCGUGCAGUCAAGCCUAGAUGCAUUCAGAGGUUUCGACCAAGCGAUGCAGACGCUGUGCAGCAUCGCCAACCGCCACACUGAUGAUCUCUUCGAAGUUUUCAUGGAGAUGAGAGGCCACCUCUAUCUGCAUGCUGGCACGCUGUUGUUGAAACUGGCUCAYGAUCGGCAGCAGACCUGGAGGGCCAUCAGUGACCAGGCCACGCUGUGCUACCUGCUGGCAUACCAGGUCCCCAGACCAAAGUCAAAAGUGACAAAAAGAGAMCUGUCAGCCCCACAGUUUCUGGAGCUUCUGGCAAACGAUCGACAGAGUCAGGCUGGACACAUGUUGUUCAAUCUGAGCUCUGAUUCGUCGGCUUUGAUCAGAGAGGUGGUGGAGGCAUUUGGCAAUCGUUGUGGUCAGGAGUCUAUGUUUGAACUCCUCUGGGGUCCACAGGCCUCCCCUGGAUCCUCCUAUAUAGCCAACGAUGAUAUUCGUUUCCUUUGUGCUGCARCUCCAGAGCUCUCCAAACUGGCCAGAUGGGACACUGGCUCCAUCCUGUUGCACAAUGGUGAACUCCAACAUCUGAGCUGGUUGGGACUGCAGUGGACUCUUCUGGGCCAAAGGCCGCCUAUGAGGGACUGGUUGCAGCAGAUUUUUCCAAGACUUACCCUGGAGACGUCAAAGCUAGACACCAACACACCAGAGUCGAUCUGCCUGCUGGAUCUAGAGGUGUUUUUAUAUGGCGUGGUGUUCUGCAGUCACUGUCAGCUCCAGGACACGGCGAAAAUCAGCAACGGGAUGAGUCCGCAGCAGCAGCUCUUUGAGCCUCGCUGCCUCCCUCUUCCUCUCCUCCGCCUCCUGACCACCGACAGACAGAGGGAGUGGUGGGACGCCAUCUACAGCCUCAUCCACAAACGAGCCGUUCCUGGUACGUCAGCUAAGCUGCGAAUGAUCGUGCAGCAUGGACUGAGCACUCUGAGAGCUGGAGAGAAACACGGCCUACAACCAGCACUGGCCAUCCACUGGGCUCGGACUCUCAGCCAAACGGGAGAUGGAAUGAACUCGUACUAUGACCAGAAGGAGUACAUCGGCCGCAGUGUUCACUACUGGAAAGUUGUUUUGCCCAUGCUGGAAAAAAUUAAAAACAGAAGRAGUAUACCGGAGCCCCUUGACCCACUCUUCUUACACUUUCACUCCAAGGAUAUUCAGAUUUCAGAUGUAAAAGGUUUGGAAGAAGAAGCUAAAAUAGCAUAUGCAGUACUCCUGGACAUCGAAGGCAGAACCGAGGAGGCAAUUGCCACUUUGGAAAGCAUCAGUAACCUGUCGUCCUCCUGGCAUUUAGCACAGAUUUAUCAGCGGCUGGCAGAAGAGGCCAGCAAUGGGGUGGAAGAAACCCAAGACAGGUGUGUAACUUUCCUGAGGAAGUUCAGAAGUUAUCUGUCGAAGAUCUACAACGCCAAUGCAGAUGAUAUCGAUAAGCUUCCUGUGUCCAUGGAGGAGGUGGUGGACCUCCUGAAUGAUGUCAACCAACAGCUGGGUGAGACUGGGGAGGACAUGGAUGAGGAGGACGAAAAGGAGAUGGAGCAUCAAAGAGCUUUUGCCCACUCCAGCCCUGCUUAUCCCACAGAAACCAGUGCAGCCAUUUCCCACAUGAAGUUUUCUUCUCCCUCUCCAAACAAAAGCAUUGUUUCUCCUUCCAAAAGACUGAUUUCACCAAAGACACCACCUCAUUGGGUUGAGGAUCAGAAAAGUCUCCUUCAGAUGCUUUGUCAGCAGGUUGAAGCACUCAAGAAUGAAGUCCACGAUCUGAAACACAACUCUUCAGCGAGUGCAGACUCUCCUCAUCAUAAGUUAUAUGGGGAAGGCUACAGGGCAGAAAGUAUGCAGGAUUCUUUUACCCCUGUGCAGUCCUAUCACGGAGCCCCCCUAACAGUUGCCACCACAGGUUCCUCUCUGUAUUACAACCAGUCUCCAGCUUAUAACUCUCAAUAUCUUUUGCACACAGCAGCAAAUGUAACGCCAACCAAGGGUCCAAUGUAUGGUGUGAACCGUAUGCCACCUCAGCAGCACAUGUAUUCCUACCAGCCGCCCACUCAUACUCCUCCAUUGCAGACAGCCCCAGCUUGCAUCUACCCUCCGCAGGAGCAGGCGUUUGGUGCCCCUCUUCGAUUUGAAUCACCAGCCACAAGUCUCCUUUCUCCUUACAGCGAAGAAUAUUACAGCCAAAGUGUUGCCCAACAAACCACUAACCCUUCUCUGCCUGAACCCGGGUACUUCACCAAGCCGUCUGUAGUCCCUAUUCAACCACCAAAGAGUGUUGAGGGCAAGUCUAUGGAGUUUGGAAAGCUUUCUUUCAGCCAGCAGCCUCCUAAUGAAGUUCCCAGGGUACCGAGUUUUGGUGCAGGACCAUCUGCCCAGUCUACACCUUCAACCGCUUUCAAAUUCAAUUCCAAUUUUAAAUCCAACGAUGGAGAUUUUACCUUCUCAGCUUCUCAAGCCAAGCACAGUGAAAGUUUGCUAGGGCUUCUCACAUCAGACAUUCCCUCCAAAACUGAUGUCGUUCUGGAAAAGCCUCCGGCCCAGGAACAGGCCUCCAACCAAAAUAGCAUCUUCACCUUUGGCAAUAAAAGUACCACCAGCUUCUCAUUUGCUGAUUCCACACAGAACACCGCAAGUCUUUUUGGAAACAUUGAGCUGCCUUUUAAAUUCGGAGAUGUUACCAAGCCGGUAUUUGGCCUUGGCAAGACAACAGAACAGGAAAAAACAGCUGUGAGUGACAAUGAUAGCACACAUGGUGACGAAGAUGAAGAUGGUCCUCACUUUGAACCUAUUGUACCUCUUCCUGACAAGGUAGAUGUAAAAACAGGCGAGGAAGAAGAGGAGGAAAUGUUUUGCAACAGGGCAAAGUUGUAUCGAUUUGACGCAGAGACAAAAGAGUGGAAAGAAAGAGGCAUUGGCAAUGUUAAAAUCCUUACGCACAACACUAAAGGGAAGGUCCGCCUCUUGAUGAGAAGGGAACAAGUCCUUAAGAUCUGUGCAAACCACUACAUCACUGCUGACAUGCUGCUGAAACCAAAUGCUGGCUCUGACAAAUCCUGGGUGUGGAAUGCCAUUGAUUACGCAGAUGAGGAGCCUAAACCUGAACAACUGGCCAUUCGCUUUAAAACAGCGGAUGAGGCAGCUCUUUUCAAGUCUAAGUUUGAGGAAGCUCAAAGAGUUGUGCUCAAAUCAGAUGAAAAGCAAAUUCAAAAAGAGAAGAAGGAGGAAAGUCCAAAAGAAUCCGCAUCACUAGCUUCCCAGUUUGCACUCAAGGAAGGAGAAUGGGAGUGCCCCAUGUGCUUUGUGAGAAAUAAACCCAUUGAUGCGCUGUGUGUGGCAUGUCAACAUGCCAAUCCACAGUCUUCAGCGAAACCAGAAAUAAAAGCUGCUGGGGAAACCAAAGCAAGUUCAUUCACUUUCAAAUUUGGUACAGGUUCAUCAAAGCCAUCCAGUUCUGGCUCUCCAUUUUCUGGAUUUGGUGCUUUUGGGUCCUCUAUACCGUCCUCAUUUACAUUUGGCACCAGCUCCACAAAACCUGCAGACACAACAUCCAGUGCGUUUACGUUUGGCUUUGGAUCACAGUUCAGUAAAAAGCCGGAGCAGUGGGACUGUAACAAGUGUUCGGCAAAAAAUGAAGCGUCCGCAGACAGUUGUGUUUCAUGUAAGGCUCCUAAAACUGCAAUUAAAACAUCUGUGAUUGCACAAACUACACCUGCUGCAGAKCCACCCGCAGCGCAGCCUUCUGUGUCUGUUGCUGACUCUGGUUUUGCCGCACAGUUUAGUAAGAAACCUGGGCAGUGGGACUGUGAUGUAUGUGAAGUGAGAAAUGAGGCAUUUGCUGACAAAUGCGUUGCCUGUCAGAGUCGAAAUCCUGCAGCUAAAUCUACCGACGAGGUUCCUGUACCUUCAAACGUGUCAGCAGUGUCAGGAUUUGGGCCUGAGUUUSCAAAGAAAGAUGAUCAGUGGGAUUGCAAUGCCUGCCUGGUCAGAAAUAAAGCGUCAGCUACCGAAUGCGUUUCCUGCCAUGCUCAAAACGAAAAUCCCUCUCUUGCAGCCAUGUUUGCCAUGAAGGAAGGAGAAUGGGAUUGUGACAGUUGUCUUGUAAGAAACAAAGGCUCUGCUGAUAAAUGUGUGGCCUGUCAGGUUCCAAAUCCUAAUGCUAAAAGCACAAGCAGCUCUGCUUCCUCAGCCUCUGCCUUCAACUUCUCCUUCGUAACCAAGAGCUCGUCAGACCAACCUUCUGUAACUGCGUUGACGGUGCCUUUUGGAAGUAGCAGCACUUUUCAGUUUGGUCAAAACAAAGACAAAGACAAAAACUCKGAUUCUUCUUUCAAGUUUGAAGCUCCCCAGACUGUACCUACAACCACAAGUUCUGCCGGCUUCUCUUUCUCAAUGCCCAUUCCAGCUGGUGGCUUUAAGUUUGGCAUUCAGGACACAGCAAAAGCUUUGGCAAAAGAUUCAGCUUCAUCCGAUGAUCAAACACCAUCAGGGUCAGCUUCUAGUCUCCUUAAAACCAUUGCUGACAAACAUAAGGAGAAAGAAAAUGUGUCUGCAUCUUCGCUGAACCAACAAGAAACCGAUGAGAAUCCAUUAAUUGCCGGGAAAGCUAAUACAUGCAGUUUUGCAGACUUGGCUAAAUCCUCUGGAGGGAGCUUCCAGUUUGGCCAUCAAGAUCCUAAUUUCAAAGGUUUCUCCAGGGCUGGGGAGCAGGUGUUCUUGUCACUCCAGUCAACUCCCACCAAGGCAGAAACCUCAAACGAUCAGGAAGAUGAUGGGAUGUAUAAAACCGAGGAUCAUGAUGAUAUCCAGUUUGAACCAGUGGUCCAGAUGCCUGAUAAGGUGGACCUUGUAACGGGUGAGGAAGACGAACAGGUUCUGUACUCUCAGCGCGUCAAACUGUUUAGAUUUGAUACCACCACCAGUCAGUGGAAAGAACGAGGGGUGGGAACUCUCAAAUUCUUAAAAAAUAACGCAAAUGGUCGCCUUAGGGUACUGAUGAGGCGAGAUCAAGUUCUGAAGGUCUGUGCCAACCACUGGAUCACCACCACCAUGAACCUUAAGCCCCUGGCAGGCUCAGACAAAGCAUGGAUCUGGAUGGCCAAUGACUUCUCUGAUGGAGAUGCCAAGCUUGAACAGCUGGCCGCCAAAUUUAAAACCACGGAGCUUGCCGAAGAGUUCAAGCAGAAGUUUGAAGAGUGCCAGAGGCUCCUGUUAGACAUCCCCCUGCAAACCCCCCACAAGCUGGUAGACACCGGCAGAACAGCACACCUCAUUAAGAAAGCAGAGGAAAUGAAGUCCGGCUUGAAAGACCUGAAAUCAUUUUUGACAGAUGAGAAAACAAAGAUCAAAGAUGAAGACGCACAGGAAGAUGUCACAGCCUCCGGUGAAGUUCCAAGUCUCGUCGUCAGAGCUCACGGUGACACUCCUGGUCCUACCUUGGAGUGGGACAACUAUGACCUAAGAGAAGGAGCUAUAGAUGAUACUGCUGACUCAUCUGUUUAUGCUUCCCCUAUUUCCAGCAGUCCUCUGAGAAAAAACCUUUUCCGCUUCGGGGAAUCCACUGGUGGUUUCAGCUUCAGUUUUCAGCCUGGCAUCAGCCCUUCCAAGUCUCCUGCAAAGCUCAACCUGAGCAGAGUCUCGGUCGGUACGGAUGAGGAGCAGGAUACUACUCAGGAUGAAGAACGGGAUGGUCAGUACUUUGAACCUGUGGUCCCUUUGCCCGAUUUGGUUGAGAUCUCAACUGGGGAGGAGAACGAGCAGGUGGUCUUCAGCUACAGAGCCAAACUGUAUCGCUACGACAAAGAUGUGAAACAGUGGAAGGAGAGGGGCAUCGGAGACCUGAAGCUCUUACAGAAUUUUGACACUAAACGAGUGAGGCUAAUCAUGAGGCGAGACCAGGUACUGAAGAUCUGUGCCAACCACUGGAUCACAGCAGUGAUGAAGCUGGAACCCAUGAAGGGGGCAGAGAAGGCUUGGGUCUGGAGCGCCAUGGACUUUGCAGAGGAAGGAGAGGGUAAAAUGGAGCAGCUGGCUGUGAGGUUCAAGCUGCAAGAAACCGCCAAAACGUUUAAACAGGUCUUUGAAGACGCCAAGGUGGCGCAAGAGAAAGAGGAACUUAUGACUCCUGUGACGAUACGAACUGCUGCGCCGCAAGUCAGCAGAACGGCAGCAUCCGAAAACACCCCAGCUGCAACUAUAUGUGGAGAAGCAGCCGUCGCCGUUCUAGAAGAGACGACGAGAGAACGAACAGAGCUGCCUUCUGACACGGAGCCAAGUGCAGCAGGAUCUCAGAGCCCAAUUAAUCCUUCAAAGACCGUGGUGUCUCCCCCCAAGUUUGUCUUUGGCACCGAUAGCCUCCAGAAGAUCUUUGGGACUCAAACAUCUGCAUCAAGUUUAAAAACCACAGAUGCUGAAAGUUCAGCUAAGCCCACAUCUGCUGUUCCUGCAUUCAAGAUGAACACAGCCGCUCCUCAGGCAGCAGGAGGCAGCUCGAGGUCACAUGAGGACUCUGAUGUAGAGAUUGUUUACGUCAAAGAGCCCACUGCUGAACAGGCAGCUUUAGCCAGAAAGCUGCAGCUGCCUCUUACCUUCUUCUGCUACAAGAACGAGCCGGGCUACGUCAGCGAUGAUGAAACAGACGAUGAAGACUAUGAGUCAGCAGUGAGAGCCUUGAAUGGAAAACUGUACCCCGAUCCUCCUGAGGCUGCAGCUUGUGCUGAAGAGCCAGACUGUCAGGUUGUGUGGGAGAAGAAACCAACACCAGAGGAGGAGGAGAAGGCAAAAAGUCUCCAGCUUCCACCCACGUUCUUCUGUGGCCUGAGCACCACGGACAGCGACCCGGACAGCGACAAGCCUGAAGACUUUGAGACCGAAGUCCGUAAAGCACACCAAGACCUGGUCACCCAGUUAAAAGGAGCCGAGCCGGCCUCUAGCAGUCUCGCAGCCCCCACACAAGACCUGACCUCGGCCCCAUCGUCCAGCAGUGCAGAGGCUUCAGGCAGCGGGUCGACAUCAGAUGAACAAACUUCAGACAAGCCAGCAGACACUCGGAGUGGAACUCCCAGCAUUAGUUUCCCAAUUGACCUGUCGACCAAGAAGAGUCCAGAACCGAAGUCUAAAACUGGGACAGAUGCUGCUGCUGCUGCUGCUCCAGCUUCCACGACGACAACACAAGAUUUUGGUUUCAGUUCUCUUGGAGGAUUUUCUUUUGCUGACUUGGCGAAAAACACAGAAGGUUUUGCAUUUGGAUCUCAAGAUGAUAAUUUCUCAUGGGCAAAUGCUGGUGCGAUGGUUUUUGGGGCUUCUGCACCCGCUGAGGCUAAAAACGAUGCUGACGAGGAGGGAAGUGAUGAAGAGGAAGCUCCUAAAAAUGUGGACAUUCACUUUGAGCCUAUUGUGUCUUUACCAGAGGUGGAGACCAAGUCUGGAGAGGAGGAUGAAGAAAUCCUGUUUAAGAAGCGAGCCAGGCUGUACCGAUGGGACCGCGACCUCAGCCAAUGGAAGGAGCGCGGCACAGGCGACAUCAAGAUCCUCUUCCAUCCGACCAAACAUUUUUAUCGAAUCCUGAUGAGAAGAGACCAGGUCAUGAAGGUUUGUGCCAACCACACCAUCUCGCAGUCCAUGGAGAUUAAACCCAUGAACGCCUCUGAUACCGCGCUGGUCUGGACCGCCACAGACUACUCAGAUGGUGAUGGAGUCGUGGAGCAGCUGGCAGCCAAGUUCAAAACUCCAGAGAUCGCCGAAUCCUUCAAGAAAACCUUCUGCGAAUGUCAAAGCCACAUGGGCCAAACCGGAGAGGACGGUUCAGGUGCCGUGUGUCAGAUGUCCGGAGUCCAGGAACACUCUAAAGAGACGAACCCUCAGGUGUUCCUCACAGUCGCUGCUGAUGGCCAGCCUCUGGGCACCAUCACCAUAGAGCUUUUCUCCAACGUUGUUCCCAAGACUGCAGAGAACUUCAGGGCUCUCUGCACCGGAGAGAAAGGCUUCGGGCUGCGGGACUCCAUCUUCCACAGGGUCAUACCAGAUUUCAUGUGUCAGGGUGGUGACAUCACCAACAGCGACGGCACCGGUGGCAAAUCCAUCUACGGCAGCAAGUUUGAAGAUGAAAACUUUGAUGUUCGGCACACGGGCCCGGGCAUCCUGUCUAUGGCUAACCGUGGACGCGACACCAACAACUCGCAGUUCUUCAUAACCCUGAAGAAAGCCGAACAUUUGGACUUCAAACACGUGGCGUUCGGCUGGGUUCGAGGCGGUAUGGAUGUGUUGCAGCAGAUGGGACAGCUGGGCACAAAGGGAGGCCCUCCAACAAAGAGGCUGGUCAUCACGGACUGUGGUCAGCUGUAGCUUUUUAAAUUUGGGUUUACAGAUUAGUGUAGGUCAAAUUAAAGGUAAAGAUUUGAGGUGUUUCCUGUGCUGUACACAUUUCUAAAAUAAAACCUUUUAGUUCUACUCUGAUUGUAUGGCUGCAGGUCACGACCCCUCGUCAGUGAAACGUGUCCCCUGUAGCGUGGAAUUGGAAACUGUUUUCCUUUCCUGUAAUGUAGUUUCAAAUGGGAAACUGUGAUCACUGCAGGGAAGAAUUAUAUUUUUGCAUUCAUCUUUAUCUUCAUUUUGUGUGUAUAUUUGUACAGGGACUUAAUUGUUUUUGUUCUUUUGUCUCGCUUGUACUCACUUUGAAUGUACUCGUCUUAUCAGCCCCACUUUGUUUAUUUUUCUAAAGAAGUUUUAAAUAUCAUUUAAAGGCAACUCUAUUCAUUUGAACACACAAAAUGCUUCAUAACUACACCCCUGCCUUUUCUGUUUCUUUUUACUGUACGACUUCCAUGUUUACUUUUCUUCCCCUACGUUGAUUUAACAGUGCAGGUAACUGGACUUAAUAAUUUAAUUUAUUAAGUCAUGGACUGAAUUUUUCCAGUGUUUGAUCUUAGAAAAGUGAUACAUUUGGUUUUACAAAGGGGAUCCAUUUUAUGUAUAAAUUUGAGAUUCAUGCAAUUGUGAAAUUGGUACUUGUACCAAAAUGUUAAUUAAGAAAUAAAGUUGCUUUACAUUAAA